GCGGACGUGAUUGCAGGCAAAGACAAACACAUGGUAUUAGAGGCGAACCGUUUGAAGUCAUUCAAGAGUUGGCCCUUCAGUUCCGGCGAUUGCACUAAACAUACGGUGAGUGGCAGUGGUUUCUAUCACUGCAAUAUGUCUGGAGAAGUGGAUGGCGUCCGAUGUUUCUGCUGUAUGAAAGAGUUGGACGGUUGGGACCAAACAGACAACCCGUGGACUGAACACAAGCGCAACAAUAACUGCUAUUUCGCACAUUUGGGCAAAACUCAGACCAAACUGACGGUCAAAGAGUUCCUCAAAGUGAUGGAAGAGCGAGAGGUCAACCUUUUGAACAAACGGAUUGAAGCGAUGAAUGCAAUGGAGAAGAAAACAAUCGCCGAAUUGGGUCUCAAUAGUGACGACAAUUAAUUCAAUGCUUAAAAUUAUUUAUUAUUUUUUACUUUUAAUAACAAUAAAUAAAACAAUUAUCUUUUUAUAAAUGUUAAUAAACUCUAUAAUAUAUUAAUA